CAGAGUUUUUUUUAACUCUAAAGUGCUUUUUCAGUUUUUACCGGUAUCAAUGUUCCAAUGUGCUUUUGCUCAUUUUUUCAAUAACGGUCCUAGUGUUUUUAAUAAACAUAAAAACCUGCGCUAGGCAUUAAGCUAGAUGGAGUUAACGAAGAUCGAAAACGCUUUAAUGUUUAAUGACAUGAAGUAGAAACAAAUGUCAGAUAUGUUUUUAAUUAUAGUGUAAGUGAGGUUUGAUUCAUAACAUGCAGGAUACUGAAUUCGUUAGCUUGAGCACUAGUAUGCUAAAAACACUGCUGUCAUGCACACAUGCGCAUGCGCAGGGAGCGAUCAGCGGUUUCGUUUUUUGUGUCGUUAUUGGACAUUAUUAGCAUUUUCAGUUGCUUUUGAAGGAGAUUUUUGGGUUGUGUGUUGUAGUUUUGAUCAGUAAUAUGCUAUAGCAAUAAUUAGGGGAAAAUCUUUUUUUGCAGUCAUAAUGUCGCCAAACAUCUCAAGUCAAUAUAAAAUGGCAUUUGCUCUUUAUUUUUCUUUCCUAAUAUGACUUUUAUGUAGGACUAGUAAUGCAUAUUGAGUAACAGUCAGGUUUAAGACUAGUCCCAGACUAAAAAGAAUGUUUGAGCGGUCUUAACUGAACAUACAGUAACUUGCCCUGACAUAUCCUAAAAUAUAUCAGUGCCAUUGUUUUGUCUCAACAUGCACACCAGUAAUGUUUUUUUCUAAAGCAUUUUUAAAAAAGUGACUUAAAUACCCUAAUUUAACUAAGGCAUAGUCCUUGCUUAAAUUAAGCCUUGUCUGUGAAACCGAGUGUAACAGAUUAUUUUAAUUCACCCUUACAGCACAUUUUCCUACAGGCUGAAGUUAAAGAGAAAAUCAUGAAACAGUCGUAUGUUUAACCAAUCUGUUUGCUCUCUCAGAGGGUGUCUUCCUGGCCAAAGUGUCAGGUUCAGACACUAUAGCAGCUGACCCACACCAGAUAAGCAACCACUGACUAACACUGUUAAGAAUGUUCAGACACUAUAGCAGCUGACCCACACCAGAUAAGCGCAACCACUGACUAACACUGUUAAGAAUUGCUAAAACCUUGGUAUUCCUUAACAGGUUGCAGUGAACACGUGCGAUAUUGAAGGCCGUUAUGAGUGGGAAGAGCCUGUUGCUGAAGGUCAUUCUGCUGGGGGAUGGUGGUGUGGGGAAAAGCUCUCUCAUGAACCGCUAUGUCACCGACCGCUUCGACUCGCAGUCCUUUCACACCAUAGGCGUGGAGUUCCUCAACCGCGACCUUGAAAUAGAUGGCAAGCUGGUCACCCUCCAGAUUUGGGACACGGCAGGCCAGGAGCGCUUCAAGAGCCUGCGCACGCCCUUCUACCGUGGGGCGGACUGCUGUCUGCUAACAUUUGCCGUGGACGACCUGCAGAGCUUCCAGAACCUGGGCUGCUGGAAGAAGGAGUUCAUGUAUUAUUCAGACGUACGAGACCCCGAGCGGUUUCCCUUUGUGGUGCUCGGAAACAAAGUGGACAAGGAGGACCGUGAAGUGGGGGAGGAUGAAGCCAGCGCGUGGUGUGAGGAAAAUGGCUGCUGUCCAUAUUUUGAGACCAGCGCAAAAGACGACACCAACGUGGGGGCUGCUUUUGAGGCGGCGGUUCGGGAAGUUCUGGCUGGUGAUGACCUGAUAGACCACACCCUGUUGAGUAGUACCAUUGAUCUCCAUGGAAACCGUAAAGUGGCUCGCUCUUCCUGCUGUUGAGGUGCCUUGAAUUGGCCCUCAGCCUUUUGGUUUUAUAUUUAAAGACAGAAACUCUCUCAUGCUUUACAUGUUUGAUGGCUUAAAGUGUAGGUACAGGCAUAACUGUAGCCAGACGUGUCUCUUGGCUACACGUGUAACAGAUUUAUGGUCCUAUGUAAUGCGUAUGUAAGAGUAAAGUUAUGUUAUAAACACUUAAUCCCUCUUCCAUCUGGUACAAACAACAUAUUUUUCUACAGCCAAAUGCUUGAAUGCUUGUAAUGUGGCUCUUCUUAACAGUGUUCUGUAACACUUAACCGGAAAAACUUCAGCAGAUUUGAAGUCGUCCUCUCACCGGUUGAAUUCAACAAGAUUUCUGGGAGACGUGCAUGUACUGUUCUUUAACAGCACAAAGCCGUCGGCUCGGAGAAGUAAGCUGUCGUGGUUACAAUGAGAAUGCAUCAUGAUUGGCAAAAUGCUGAAUUUUUAAAAGUAUGUGGGGGUAACAGCAUGAACCCAUAAACGUUGUUCUUAACCUUUUACACGUUGGUGAAUGCAUGCCAGUCUGUGACUUUGGAUACAUCUCCACCUGUCAGUCAUAUGGCCUCUUGGGUGGUCCUUGGCAAAUUCAGAACAGCAAUGGUUCUUUCUUCAGUACGAAAGGUCUGGCUAAGCGAGACUCCUCUACAUAACAUUCUGCUGUUUUGUGUGGAGCGUUGUGUGUUAUGGCAUACCAUUUGUCCCCUGUUCCAAAAUACAUCACUUCACAUGGAUACAUAUUUUGCUAUCAGUAGAAUGAUUUUGGUCAUAUUUGAGGGUAAUUUUUCACCAAUUAAAGGGAUAGUUCCAUGAAAAAACAUUGUGUAAUUCCAAACCCAUAUCUCUUUGUUUCUUCUGCAAAAUACAGAAGAUAUUUUAAGGUACGUUGGUAACCCAACAACAUUGUAUGGACACAAAACUGGAAUUUUGCAAAAUAUCUUCUUUUGUCAUACAGGUUUUGAGGGUAAAUAAAUGAAACAAUUUCUGGGAGGAUUGAACUAUCCCCAUUAUGUCAUGAGAAAUAAUGUAUAAAUGUCAGGACCGGGUACAUUUUAUCACUGUACAAGGCAAAUACGUAUGUGAUAUUGUUUACAGUACAGAAUUGGAGAUUUGGGGAAAAUGUGUUUAACUGGCAUGAAAAUAAUGAUGCAAUGCAUAAAUCUACUAAAUAAGAUUUCUUCUUUUUUUGUUUAUAUAAUAAUUAUAAAAAAUAUAUGACUGUGAGAUUCACCCUGCUAUCUGAUAUGUAAAAAAUACACAACAGCAAAUUAGCACAUUGCCAGUCAUCUCUAACAAACAGUCUGAGGUACAGUCGUUAUAGUUUCUUCUGUUAAAAAAAGUUUCUUCUGUCAUGGUGUUGAAUUUAUUUAUUUAUUUUAUCCUUUAGUUGUUACAUUGGUAACAGUGUUGGUACAGAAACACUAUGUUGUCUGUUUUUAUUGUGUGUGUUGUUUAGGCAUAUUUCAUGUUUCAAUUGUCAGGUUGUGUUGUGUAUAUUUAAGCAAUUGUACAUUGAAUCACAUGAUGAGAGUAUGUGAGCAAUGAAAAAGGAAGUUCUCUCUCUCUUGAUUGGGAUGGGCAUGUGUGUUGUCAGUAAGCUAGAAACAUAAAUGCACAGUUCCUCUUUUGAAAUGAUGUAAGAAGUUUUCUGAGUUCGUAAAGAUCUAAAUUUGAUGUUGGAGACUUGGGAAGUUUACAGUAUAUGUGAAGUGAAGGACUGCCUGUGGAAUAUUCUAGCUGAUCAAUUAUAAUGUAUUUUUUUUAUUGAUUUUGGCCCCAUGCUGAUGCACAUGGUACUGUGACCCUAAAAGUGCACUUGUAAUUGAUUUAGUGCAUUAUGAAGUACCUCUCCUUAUUUCAAGUUUCUUUUACGGUAUUUUUGGUUAUUCCAAUGUCCCUGAAUAUGAAUGUGGUCUAAUCUAUUUAUGAAAUUAAGCAGAACAUUUCCUUCAAAGUUGCUUUGGAUAAAAGUAACUGCUAAAUGCCCAAAUGUAAAUGUAGAACAUUUAAACGUAUAUAAAUUGACGUAAUCUCUAGGGGCCUCGUAUAUAAAAUGUGGCGUAGAUACCGACCUAAAUUUGAUUUAAUAAUCAUUUCUCAAAGUAUACGUGCGAUUCAUAGAAUGAACUGUAUGCACUGAAAAUGUUUGUACGCUUCUCUUUCAGAUGUGAAAUCUAUACAUCGCAAAUAAUCUUGCACCUUUAAUGUAUAAAUCCUUUACACGUGGCAGGAAUGGCUUAUAUUUCCAAAAACAUGCAGCACUUGUAAAAGCAAAAGUGCGUAUGUCUGCUCAGACCCUGACAUGGCGCCAAGCAUUUUCUCACAUCAAAGGCCAUUUUUAUAAAUAUGUUGCCAUGGAUUUUAGCGUUCGAACUCUCUUAGAUCAAAUCUGUGCCUACGCACGUUUUAUAAAUGAGGCCACACCUCUACCUGCAUUAAAGAGGAACAUGUAUUUCAGUUGCUUGCAACCCUCCGACAUCAUACAUUACCAUAAUUUGUUGUUCUCAUAUGUUUUAUGUGUAGUGUUUUACAAUAAACUGAUGUUUUUAUUGAUGCCUACUCACAUACUGUAUCUGCAAACACAAAGUCUUAAAUGUGUAUUGCUACACUGUGAAAUGGACAUUCGUAUCUGGUUUUACAGUAAGGAAAUCUCUAUUGCGUGGUGAUAGAUUCUCAUCUCUAUCUUUAUAAAAUCACUGGAUAUGCAAGUGAUACGACGUGACUUGUUUCAGUGUUACAAAAGUAAAAAACCAAGUUCUGCAACUGCAAUUAGCAGGUCAGUCUCACUGCUUUGUCAGGAUUAUAAUUCACAGCAAAAAAAGUUAAAGAAAAGUUAUAGGUCCUACAGGAUGUCGAAUUAAAACAAUUAGGUCAAGUCUGAAACAUUAUUAAUUUCAAUGGGGAAACUUCAAUUAACAUACUGAUUGUCUCUUUUAGCUGGGUUGAUUUGUAUAAAGUCAGUACACCAGUGUUAAAUGCUGUAUGCUUUGAACUUGGGCAUUCAUUUGUAAACACUGUAUUUGCUGACAUGGUCUAAAUCCACAAAAUGCUUUGUCUGUUGUGUUUUUCAGCAGGGGUUGUGUUUUAUUUGAAAAUAACUAGGCGGCUGCACAUUCUAUCCAAUGCAAUAAGGUCAAGACUGCUUUUAUUUUCCAAUUUAGUUUGCAAGAUGCAAUGCGAUAAAUAAACAAACUCUAACAGCCAUUAUUUUGGUUUUUAUUUGAACACUU